AUGGAUUCCAAUGCUUUAAUAAAUAUACACAGAUGUCUUAUUCUUCUUGAUACAAAAGUUUCCGUACUACAGUGCGAUUCGGAAGAGACAAGGCUAGAUGAACUUACGACACGUUUAAUCAAUGGUCAAUAUGCGAAAGUUAUAGAGUCCGACGUUUUCGCAAAUCAAGUAUUUCAAAAUGAGAAGAUUCAAAAUCUGAUCACGAAAUUCAUCAGUAAUGAAAGAUGCGAUCAAGCGGAUCUUUACACAUUAAUCACCGGCAUUACUCAGCUGAUAAUUUCUAAUAUAUCUGAUAUAAAUCUAGAUGCUUCAAUCCAACAGACAUACUGCCUAUCCCUUGCAGUUUUAUUUCUACAGAUAUUUGUGCAAUUGAAUUUCACUGGACCAACCUUACCAUUGUUAUCUUUAAAAGAUAAAUUAGGCUUUAUUGGUACUCUAUCCUCUAAAAUUACAUCAGAUGAAAAGUAUGCUGCACAAUUUCAGAGGAAUAUGCUUAAAUUAUUAUCCAUAGAAGGUCAGCAGCCUUAUAAUUUGGUCGAUUCACCAUUGUUUCUUGCAUUAGCAUACCUUGCAAGGGGUUCAAGUUUCCUUCUUAGUCCCGAAGCUGCACAAAUGAAUUCAGAGGAGUUUGUUCAACUUUCAUGCUCUACAUCCAACAUAAUUAGUUCUAAUUGUAUACUUUUGGCAUCCAUCUCUUGGUGGAGAGAGAGGGCUUUACAGAUUUUGCAAUCAUUAUACUCUGAUUAUUCUGCUUCUCUAACGGUCAUCUGUUAUUCACUGCUAUCCAAGGAACGGAUUCUUCCUAUUAUAGAUGGUAUAGGAGCAAGUUCAAUAGGGCAAGCACUCCUGCUUACACGACAGUUAGAGCUAGCAAAAUGUUCGUUGGCUGGCAACUCUGAACUCAAGACUAUGGAGUCCUUAUCACGUGCAGGUGAUAUUUCGGGUAUUGAGCUCGUACUCACAGGUUGUAAAGCUAAAAGAACAAAAUAUCAACAUAAAUCAAUUGCCGCUUUAACCGUUUUGGCAAAAUCCAAGGAAUCACUUUUGAGAUUUCAAACUAAUGACUCAAAUUUAAGUCCUCAAGAUGUUAAGCUUAAUGACGAUACUUUUCUUGAAAAGCCAGUAUUUGAUGAAUUGGGAGACGAUGAAAUUUUCAAGCAGAAAGGAGAAACUCUGAAAUAUGAUGAUCUCAACGAUAUUAAAAGAAUUAAAAUAGAUUACACGGACUUUUCCGAUGAAUCAUCAGUCGAUUUUUCGAGAAAGCUUCUCCCAACAGCCAAGCACAAGGCAGAUAUUCCAAAUGAUUUGAAUGCCCUAGAUCCGAAUGCUCAACCCGCCCUUGCUGGAUUGGACUAUGCACAGUUGUUAUCUAGGAUGGAGGCAAUCAAGAAAAAUACUCCCAAAGGAAAUGCGUUGGUCGACGAAGAAUUAAUUGCGCUUGUUCAAAGAGUUUUGUUUUCUCCUGAGUGUUCAGUUAACUGGCUUUUAUUUUCACGUGCACUUUGGUACAGAUCGUUAUUGGAGGCUUCCAAGAGGGCCACUGUCGAAAGAGGUGUUUUGCAGUUGUAUUCGUUGGUUGAAGAGUUAGGCAUUACUUCCGAUAAAACUGCUCGAUUGUUUCCAAAGUCAGAUGAGAUGUUUGCUUUCCUCAGGAGUUUUUGA